AUACGUCUAAAUGUUAACCUACAUAGAUUUCCAUUUAAAGUACACACUUUCGGUUAUUGGCGUAUUGUCAUUAAUCGCCCGACCAUUUAUCAACCGCUCGGAAGUUUUUAAAAUCGCAUUUAUAAGUGCCUCAGCGUUUGUGUACAUAACACUAUGGGACAAUUAUAUUGUCAUCUACAAGGACGCCUGGACAUUUCUACCCAAUAGAGUCUUGGCUGUUAUUGGAUAUGCGCCUAUUGAAGAGUACAUGUUUUUUAUUAUACAAACUGUACUGACAUCCCUAUGGGCUUUGCUCUGUGUCCGGUGGUCAACGCCAUGCUUAAAUUUCAACCAUGACAAACGCAGCUACCAGUUGAUCCGAUGGGUACCCAUCACGAUUUUGACUAUUGUCACGAUCGUUGGUUACAAAUUGGUUAUCCCCGGACAAGGGACGUUUUACUUGGGAUGCAUACUAUGUUGGGUAUCUCCGGUGAUUAUAUUUUUGUGGUACGGAGCUGGAAAUUUUUUCGUGAAAAAAAUAAUACCGUCAACUCUUGCGAUCGUCGUCCCUUCAUUGUACCUGUGUUGGAUUGAUCAAUUGGCCCUCAAGGAGAACGUUUUGCAUAUCAACGAGAAGACUAGUAGUUUAAAUAUAUUCGUUGUCGACGACUUGCCAAUAGAAGAAGCAUUUUUCUUCUUCGUAGUAAACCUUAUCAUUGUCUUGGCAGGGACUGGUUUCGAUAAGGCUAGCGGUGUAAUGGAAACGUACACGUCGGAGUACCCACUACGAUUUAGCAUAAGUUGGAAGUAUAUUUGCCAACUGUUCUCGGCAUUUGCGACCUCAGAAUAUAAUAUGCCACAAAUCAUCACGGAAGAUAUAAAAAAAAGUCUUGAAAUUAUUACAGUCGCUUCGAAAUCAUUCACCACUGCCAGUUUUCUUUUUCCAGCCGGUAUUCGAUUGGAUUUAAUAAUUUUAUACUCAUUUUGUCGUGUAACGGAUGACAUGAUUGAUGACGAGUUGGAUGUUGAAAAAAAAAAACGAAAGUUUGAGUUAACUGAACGAUUUAUCAACGAAUUAUUUCGUGACAGGAAAUCGGAUUACGAUGUACAAACAAAACCACAGGAAUUGAAAUUUGAUUGGACAAAAUACGAAUCCGAAUUGACUGACGGGGAAAUUUCAUGUUUCCGGGCAUUGUCUAGAAUAUCAUUUUAUUUGCCUCGUAAACCAUUCGAUGAGUUACUCACAGGUUACAAAUGGGAUAUUGAGGGUAGGCUAAUCAGAAACGAAGCCGAUUUAUUAUUGUAUUCCACCUAUGUGGCCGGAAGUGUCGGUGCAUUAUGUGUUUAUGUGAUGAUGUACAGGUGUGAUAGCUACAAGUAUGGCCCUGUCGAUAACUACGAUUAUGUCAUAGAAAAAGCAUAUCAAAUGGGACGAGCUUUACAACUUGUGAACAUUGCCCGUGAUAUCGUCACCGACAGUGAAACAUUGGGUCGAUGCUAUGUACCCACCGAAUAUAUAUGGACGACGAAGAGGAAGAAGUAAAAAUCUUGUGCAACGAAAAGCAA